CAGCAGAGGCGGGAAUCUGUGAGUGGGCACGGUCGCGGGGUCCCGUGGCCCGUGUUUUGCGUCUCCCGCGGGCAUCCCUGGGCCGCUCCGGCCCGCCAGCCGGGAAGAAGGCAGGCGUGGGAGGAAGGGUUCCAGCCGGAGCCUUCGCUCCCAGCGGGAGCCUGCCGGCCCGCGUUCGCCGCGCUGCUGCCUCACCGCUCAAUCUUGCUGGUGUUGAAAUAAGAAACAUUUACAAACAUGUCCCGGAUCGAAAAGAUGAGCAUUAUGGGCGUGCGGAGUUUUGGAAUAGAGGACAAAGAUAAGCAAAUUAUCACUUUCUUCAGUCCCCUCACAAUUUUGGUUGGACCCAAUGGGGCAGGGAAGACGACCAUUAUUGAAUGUUUAAAAUAUAUUUGUACUGGAGAUUUCCCUCCUGGAACCAAAGGAAAUACAUUUGUUCAUGAUCCCAAGAUUGCUCAAGAAACAGAUGUUAGAGCCCAGAUUCGUCUGCAGUUUCGUGAUGUGAAUGGAGAACUCGUAGCUGUGCAGAGAUCUAUGGUGUGUACUCAGAAAAGCAAAAAGACAGAAUUUAAGACCCUGGAAGGAGUCAUUACUAGAACAAAGCAUGGUGAAAAGGUCAGUCUCAGCUCUAAGUGUGCAGAAAUUGACCGAGAGAUGAUAAGUUCUCUUGGGGUUUCCAAGUCUGUGCUAAAUAAUGUCAUUUUCUGUCAUCAAGAAGAUUCUAAUUGGCCUUUAAGUGAAGGAAAGGCUUUGAAGCAAAAAUUUGAUGAGAUUUUUUCAGCAACAAGGUACAUUAAGGCCUUGGAAACACUUAGGCAGGUACGCCAGACACAAGGUCAGAAAGUAAAAGAAUGUCAAACAGAACUAAAAUAUCUGAAGCAAAAUAAGGAAAAAGCUUGUGAGAUCCGCGAUCAGAUUACUAGUAAGGAAACCCAGUUAACAUCUUCAAAAGAAAUUGUCAAAUCCUAUGAGAAUGAACUUGAUCCACUGAAGGUGUCCAGGGAGGAAGCAUGGCUGAGCUGGGCCUUAAAGAAUGGGAAAAUUAUAUCAACAGAUUGGAAGGCAUUUUAUAAUCGUCUCAAAGAAAUUGAACACAAUCUCUCUAAAAUAAUGAAACUUGACAAUGAAAUUAAAGCCUUGGAAAGCCGAAAGAAGCAAAUGGAGAAAGAUAAUAGUGAACUGGAACAGAAAAUGGAAAAGGUUUUUCAAGGGACUGAUGAGCAACUAAAUGAUUUAUAUCUCAAUCACCAGAGAACAAUAAGGGAGAAAGAAAGGAAAUUGGUAGACUGUCAGCGUGAACUGGAAAAAUUAAAUAAAGAAUCUAGGCUUCUCAAUCAAGAAAAAUCAGAGCUACUUGUUGAACAGGGUCGUCUACAGCAACAAGCAGAUCGCCAUCAAGAAAAUAUCCGAGCUAGAGAUUCAUUAAUUCAGUCUUUGGCGUCACAGUUAGAAUUGGAUGGCUUUGAGCAUGGACCAUUCAGUGAAAGACAGAUUAAAAAUUUUCACAAACUUGUAAGAGAGAGACAAGAAAAGGAAGAAGAAACUGCCAGCCAACUGAUGAAUGACUUUGCAGAAAAAGAAACUCUGAAACAAAAACAGAUAGAUGAGAUAAGGGAUAAGAAAAUUGGACUGGGAAGAAUAAUUGAGUUGAAAUCAGAAAUUCUAAGUAAGAAGCAGAAUGAGCUGAAAAAUGUGAAGUACGAAUUACAACAAUUGGAAGGAUCUUCUGACAGGAUUCAUGAACUGGACCAGGAACUCACAAAAGCUGAACAUGAGCUAAGCAAGGCUGAGAAAAACAGUAAUGUAGAAACUCUAAAAACAGAAGUAAUAAGUCUUCAGAAUGAGAAAGCAGACCUAGACAGGACCCUGCGUAAACUGGACCAGGAGAUGGAGCAGUUAAACCAUCAUACAGCAACACGCACCCAGAUGGAGAUGCUGACCAAAGACAAAGCUGACAAAGAUGAACAAAUCAGAAAAAUAAAGUCUAGACACAGUGAUGAAUUAAAUUCAUUAUUAGGGUAUUUUCCCAACAAAAAACAACUUGAAGACUGGCUUCAUAGUAAAUCAAGAGAAAUUAAUCAGACCAGGGACAGGCUUGCCAAAUUGAACAAGGAACUGGCUUCAGCUGAGCAAAAUAAAAAUCAUAUAAAUAUUGAGCUAAAAAGGAAGGAGGAGCAGUUAUCCAGUUAUGAAGACAAGCUGUUUGAUGUUUGUGGUAGCCAGGAUUUUGAAAGUGAUUUAGGCAGGCUUAAAGAAGAAAUUGAAAAAUCUUCAAAACAACGAGCCAUGCUGGCUGGAGCUACGGCCGUGUACUCCCAAUUCAUCACUCAGCUGACGGAUGAAAGCCAGUCCUGCUGCCCCGUCUGUCAGAGAGUUUUUCAGACAGAAGCUGAAUUACAAGAAGUCAUCAGUGAUUUGCAGUCUAAGCUGCGGCUGGCUCCAGACAAACUCAAGUCAACAGAAUCAGAGCUAAAGAAAAAAGAGAAGCGGCGUGAUGAAAUGCUGGGGCUUGUGCCCAUGAGGCAAAGCAUAAUUGAUUUGAAAGAGAAGGAAAUACCAGAAUUAAGAAACAAACUGCAGAAUGUCAAUAGAGAUAUACAGCGCCUGAAGAAUGACAUAGAAGAACAGGAAACACUCUUGGGUACAAUAAUGCCUGAAGAAGAAAGUGCCAAAGUGUGUCUCACAGAUGUUACAAUUAUGGAGAGAUUUCAGAUGGAACUUAAAGAUGUUGAAAGGAAAAUUGCACAACAAGCAGCUAAGCUACAAGGACUAGACUUAGAUAGAACUCUUCAACAAGUAAACCAAGAAAAACAAGAAAAACAACACAAAUUAGAUACAGUUUCCAGUAAGAUUGAAUUGAAUCGUAAGCUUAUACAGGACCAGCAAGAACAGAUUCAACACCUAAGAGGUUUAACAAAUGAACUUAAAUCAGAAAAACUUCAGAUAUCCACUAAUUUACAACGUCGUCAGCAACUGGAGGAGCAGACUGUGGAAUUAUCCACUGAAGUUCAGUCCUUAUACAGAGAGAUAAAGGAUGCUAAAGAGCAGAUAAGCCCUUUGGAAAUAACACUGGAAAAGUUCCAGCAGGAGAAAGAAGAAUUAAUCUUCAAAAAAAAUACAAGCCACAAAAUAACACAGGAUAAAAUGAAUGAUAUCAAAGAGAAGGUUAAAAAUAUUCACGGCUAUGUGAAAAACAUUGAGAAUUAUAUUCAAGAUGGGAAAGACGACUAUAAGAAGCAAAAAGAAACUGAACUUAAUAAAGUAAUAGCUCAACUAAGUGAAAGCGAGAAACACAAAGAAAAGAUAAAUACCGAUAUGGGAAUCAUGAGACAAGAUAUUGAUACACAGAAAAUACAAGAAAGAUGGCUGCAGGAUAAUCUUACGUUAAGAAAAAGAAAUGAAGAAUUAAAAGAAGUUGAAGAAGAAAGAAAACAACAUUUGAAGGAAAUGGGUCAAAUGCAGGUCUUACAACUGAAAAAUGAACAUCAGAACUUGGAAGAAAAAAUAGAAAAUAUAAAAACAAGUCACAGUUUGGCAAUAGGGCGACAGAAGGGUUAUGAGGAAGAAAUUAUUCACUUUAAGAAAGAACUUCGAUCACCUCAGUUUCGAGAUGCCGAGGAAAAGUAUAGAGAAAUGAUGAUUGUUAUGAGAACAACAGAGCUUGUGAACAAGGAUCUGGACAUUUAUUAUAAGACCCUUGACCAAGCAAUAAUGAAAUUCCACAGUAUGAAAAUGGAAGAAAUCAAUAAGAUCAUCCGUGACCUCUGGCGCAGCACCUAUCGUGGACAAGAUAUUGAAUAUAUAGAAAUUCGGUCUGAUGCCGAUGAAAACGUAUCAGCUUCUGAUAAACGGCGGAAUUAUAACUACCGCGUGGUGAUGCUAAAGGGUGACACGGCCUUGGAUAUGCGAGGACGAUGCAGUGCUGGACAAAAGGUGUUAGCCUCCCUCAUUAUCCGCUUGGCCCUGGCUGAAACCUUCUGUUUGAACUGCGGCAUCCUUGCCUUGGAUGAGCCAACAACGAAUCUUGACCGAGAAAACAUUGAAUCUCUUGCACAUUCGCUGGUUGAGAUAAUAAAGAGUCGCUCACAGCAACGUAACUUCCAGCUUCUGGUAAUCACUCAUGACGAAGAUUUUGUGGAGCUCUUGGGGCGAUCCGAGUAUGUGGAGAAAUUCUACAGGAUUAAGAAGAACAUCGACCAGUGCUCAGAGAUUGUGAAGUGCAAUAUUAGCUCCCUGGAAUCCUAUGUUCACUGAGAAGACUCGAGAUUUAGCUGCCUUGGAAAUACAGGUCCUUAGGCAACUGCUUGUUUCUGGUAUCAGCUGAGUCAGUAAGCAAAUAUAUUCUUUAAAAGGAGCUCUGUGUCUAGGAUUUUGAAUGUCUGAGAGGUUCUAAAAUGAUUAAAGUUGUUUCACAUGAAA